GAAAACGUAACCACCCCUUCCCGUGGGGUUACUUAGAGCUAAGAAGGGGGACGAGAGCUUGAGGAGAGAGAGAGAGCGCAUGGAGGCGAUAGUUCGGAUGCCCUACGAAGCGGCGGUUCGGGCGGGGCUGGCUGCGCUGGAGAGAAACCUCCUCCCGGAUGCAUUGGUCAGGAGGCUGACGCGGCUACUCCUCGCAGGCCGCCUCCGCCUCGGCUAUCAACCCUCCGCCGAGCUCCAGCUAGCGGAACUCCUCCGGUUCAAGCAGGCUCUUGAAGAUAUGCCUAUAGCUGUGGAAACUGAUAAAGCCAAAUCCCAACACUAUGAGUUACCCACCUCAUUUUUCAAGUUGGUGCUUGGACAGAAUUUAAAGUACAGCUGUUGUUACUUCAAGGACAAAACAAGCAAAUUGGAAGAUGCCGAAAAUGCAAUGUUAGAAUUGUAUUGUGAAAGAGCUCAACUGAAAGAUGGCCAAAAAAUUCUUGACAUAGGAUGUGGCUGGGGUUCCUUUUCAAUAUAUGUUGCAAAGAGAUACAAAAACUGCAAGGUCACAGGAAUAUGCAACUCAUCUACUCAGAAAGCUUACAUAGAAGAGCAGUGUAGGCACCUUGAGCUUCCCAAUGUAGAAAUAAUUGUUGCUGACAUCAGCAAUUUUGAAAUGGAAGCUUCGUUCGACCGAAUUGUCUCAAUAGAAAUGUUUGAGCAUAUGAAGAACUAUAAGGAACUUCUUAAGAAGAUAUCAUUGUGGAUGAAGGAAGAUAGCUUGUUUUUCAUUCAUCACUUUUGUCAUAAAACAUUUGCUUAUCACUUUGAGGAUAAAAAUGAAGAUGACUGGAUUACAAGAUACUUCUUCACCGGAGGAACCAUGCCUUCAGCAGACCUACUUCUCUAUUUUCAGGACAAGUACAAGGAAAUUGAGAAAACUUUACCGAUGGCAUGCAAGUAUAUCUACUCGUAUGUUAUCAGAUUGAUGCCUAAAGAUGAGAGCAUACACAUAGAAUUUGAUGAAGCUAUGUUUGGACGUCCUAAAAGUGUAUGGUUGCUAAGAGAAGAUAUCGUAUGCUUUAUGGAGAUGAAAGAGAUAGGUGCCAGACACAUUUUGGUUUACAUGGGUUACCUUUACAAAUACAUGAAGAAAGAAAAUAGAGCUGAGUAUGUGUCAUUUGUGGAUCCUGGUCACAUACCUACAUGCGGUGUGGGUGAAGAUGGUAGUAAAUUAUCACAACAUAUUGCUGCUCAGUUGGGAGCAUCAAACAGAGAUAGCAUAUGCUUCAUCCCAUAUAACACCGGGUACCAUUGGAUCUUGACUAUAAUUAAUGAAGAUAAGAAUAUGAUAUAUUUAUUGGACUCUUUGAGUAACAGGAACCGAGAUCAUGCUUGGCAAACUAUUGUGACCAAGUAAGUCGUAACUUAUGCUAAUUUUGAAUGCAUUCAAUUCAUUAUAGGUUAAAAAACUAAUUUUCUAUUUUUACAAUGUAGUGGGGUCAAGAUAUACAAUGCAUCAAGGGGUAUUUCAAAAGGACCAGGUUUUAAACAAUUGACAGGUAAUCUUAAACAAAAUGGUGGUGUUAAAUGUGGAUAUUGUGUGAUGCGAUAUAUGAAAGAGAUAGUCUUAGAUGAAUAUCCACAAUUGGAAAGAAAGUUUGCAGCAUCAAAGAACAAACAGUAUUACAAUCAAUCUCAGUAUGAUGAAGUCAGAAGUGAAUGGAGCGAAUUUGUCUAUUUCUAUGUGGGUGCCUAAGUGUAGGCUAUGAUAUAAAGUUUAGAUUGUAUUUAGAGAUUUAUGGAUACAAAAGUUUUUAGGUUAUGCUUAAACAUUUCUUUUAUGAAUACA